AUAAUUUAGAGAGGCAACGAUAGUGCCCUCUACCGGGAGUUGGAUAUGCGGAUGGGUUUGGCGUGGGCUGGGGAUGGGCGGCCUGGCCGGUUAAUCGGUUAAAUUAAAGGUGCGAACCGUGCAGGUAUGGUGCUCGAUGGCCGAUUAAGAAUUUAUAAAGUAAAAUAGACGGCGACGCGGAAAUUUAUACGGUAGAAUGACACGUUGAAGUAACUUUGUAAAAGGCGAAUUUGCAUGACUUGUGAAUUGAAACCGUGUCUUAUUUUGUGAUUGACAUAACGUAUAACGUGCAAAGUGCAACGUGAAAGUCCGGCACGUACGCCACGUGACCGCAUGGUUUUUAGACGUUGUUCUAAGCAGCAUAGGUUAAGGUGAAGACCCGGUUCCACCUGGUUGGCGGGAGAUGAAUUCCAUUCGUAACUCUCACGUGUCUCUCGCAUAAACGAAGAUGGAAUUCGACUUCUCGUUCAAUUUCAUGCUGAUAUUCUCUAUCUUCUUAUCGAUACUCGCUACGAUAAUCACCGUCUACCAAAAACUCAAAUUAAGAUGGCCCGUAAGAAUGAACUGCUGGUUUUGCAACAACGAUACGAAAAUUUGGCGGCAACAUCUCAAUUGGUGGAUGUGUCCCCAUUGCGAACAAUACAAUGGUUUCGCCAAGAACGGUGAUUACGCGCGUACAAUACCGGAGCAACACAGGAUAUCUCGGGGAGAGAUUAAAAACUAUUGUAGAACGAUAAAUCAACAGCAAAGAUCGAAUGAGCAUGACGAAAAAAGUGGGCUGUGCGAACGAUGUAACAGGAACGAGAGCUUGAAGCUGUCGAAACUGUCCAAUUAUAUACCCAGAGACGAAAGGAAUUAUGAGUACGAGAUAAAACGGUUCAAAGACAGCUUAGAAGAGAUCUAUCCGUUAUGUGUGAGAUGUAAGGCCACGGUGAAAGGCGUGUUGUGCAGGCAAGCAUUAUGGCUCGCACAAUACAAAAUGUUGUUCUUUAAACAAAAACCAUUUUCUGCGAUGAUCGCUGACAGAGAGAAGAGAUAUUCUGAGCCAGUGUGCAGAAUAGUUUCAACGAUACUGGGUUCUAUGGCAGCGUACGAUAUGGAGCUCGUAUUGUUACCAUUUGGAGGACUGCUCUUCCAAUUUUAUGCUUGCUGGAUAACUUCCAAGAGUCAACGAAACUCUGACCGGUUACUUCUGUGUCUAUGGUUAUGCAUGAUCGUACUGCUACCCUUUAAAGAUAAGACGAUAUUAAAAGAAGCAGAGCUGCUGGCCGAUGAUUCGUGGUUUCCCUUUGAGUACGUCACGCAUUAUCAUAUGGUAACGUUGAUCGUCACGAUCAUAGGCUUCAUCAAUAUCAUGCCCAAGUCUCGUAAGACCGAAUUUAAGAAUAUGUCAUUUAAGAAAAUCGAAUCUCCUACGAAAAACGUAAUAAUGCCGUUUAAUUACACGGAGUCUACGAACAAUGAUGAAAAUUUUAGCGAUAAGCCGAGCAAUCGUUUAAACCAACCAAUUACUAACCAAUUGGCGUCGAACGCCACGAAGAAAUACGGGUAUCAACCUUGUUCAACAAAUUCUAUAUCGACAACUUUUCAAAGUCCAUGUACGACUCGACCUCGGAACCUGUCGUUGUCUUUAACGACCGAAAGUAACAACGGCAGGUCCGAAGAUAAAAACACUGCGACAGUCGCAGCAGACAACGGUACUUACUCGUUGUUGUUGAACGAUAGUUUGAGCACGCUGGGUGAAUUAACGCUGAGCAGCGAAGAGAGACCGAGACGCGUCGUUAAAACGCCUAAGAUCUUUGAAACGAGGGUAUACGAUACGAACGUUUCCGACCUGUUCAAAAAGUCUGUCGUCAAGUCGAGACACGUUCUAUCGCCACCGAAAUUGAAAUCUGUGACGCAAACGUCGUGGGUAGCCGGUGGUUACUGGCAGGAGGGCAUAGACCCGCCAUUGUCAUUGUCCAGAUCGUCCAGUCAAAGUUCUGGCUUCGGUUCCGUCGUCUCCAAUUUCGGUACGUCCAAAGAACCUUCCAUACACGAGUUCGAUCGAUGUUCGAUCAUGUCGGAUGCAACGCAAUCCUAUCGCACCGUGAGGCAGGCCAACAGUCCUGUCGUCGGAUCGUCUUAUCAACAGAGUUUGCACGGUCCACGGUUCCCUGAGACGAUCAACAAUCAUCAGUUCAAUUACCAGACGAUGAAACGCGCAUCGGCCAAUCUGUCCGUUUCGCAAACUUGGAAUAAUUCGCCUUUCCCGAUCGAUCAGUGUCCAUGUCCGGGACAGAACGGCGUUAACGGAAGUAAUACUAAAGAUCACCCCUCUGAAAUCAAGUUUCCUAGUCACCACGCUACCAUUGUAGCGGGUCCGGUUUGGUUACCAGCACUAUUGUGCGGUUCGCUCGUAAUAAACAUAAUAGUUUUAUGUACCACUUUAUCACGAUAAGACGUGCGAUAAGGCGUCGGCGGCGUCUGUUGUUUUUCCUACGUUCGUAGUUUUUUACGUCUCAGUCGUCGAUACAACGAAAUAAGUUGAUUAUUAGUUUUUUAAAAACAGUUAAUUUUAACUUUAUUGUGGAUGAGCGUCGGUGAUGGUGAAAGGGAAUCCGUUUAUAAGUAAGUGUUACACUGCCAGUAUAGUCGUCGGUCGUUGAAGUUGCGAUCAUUGUUCAUUUCUCACUUCUCAGCAAUUGUAAAUAGAUAUUCAUUGUUUUAAUGCCCGUUGUUAAGAUCGACUGUCAACAGCAGCAGGCGAAAACGAGACUACUGUUGUGUGUACCGUGGAAAAUGAUAAAUUCAUCUGACAUUCUGAAGAAUCGUCGUGUCUCCAUCUGUGUUCAUUAGUAAUAAUGUACAUACAUGCGUGAUCCACCAAGUUCAACGGUUUAGUAAGCUGCCCGGUCAAGGUUCAAACUGAAACCGAGUAUUCGUUUCGUACAACAAAUUUCUACGCGUCUAAACGCGACGACGGGAUUCGCCAUGUGUUCUGACAUGUUUUAUAAGUCCGUCUAUUGUAUAUUAUGCUGUAUCGUGUUAUACCAUGUGAUGUUAAAAUCUAAUCUAACGAAAUAAAUAUAAUAAUGUAAUAUUUUUAA